AUGGAUGACGCCAAGACAUGCCAGCGGCAAGACCCCGAACGAGGGGAUCAUGAUGAAGGACGAUACUUCCUACGGAAUACAUCUGUUCAGAAUUUCUCGUGGAGCAACUUGCUUGUUACUGUUAAGGACAGACAGACCAAGGAGCCUAGGGACCUAAUUCAUAAUGUUAGCGGAGACGUGAAACAAGGGGAGUUGGUUGCUUUAAUGGGCCCAUCAGGAUGCGGAAAGACAACUCUGUUGAACGUGUUAGCUCGACGACCGGCUAGCUCUGGUGCCCGCGUGAACGGCGAAAGCUACAUCAACGGGGCGAAGAUCGAGUCACGCGAAUUCGGGCGCAUGACAUCGUACGUGGAGCAAGAAGAUGCUCUAAUCGGAUCGAUGACUGUGCAAGAGACGUUAAAGUUCGCAGCGGAUCUUUCAUUGCCUAGUACUGUAUCGAAGGCACAGCGGAUAGAGCGCAUUAACACUUUAUUGGAAUCAUUCGGUAUCCAAAAGCAGGCGAAUACACUUGUCGGAACUCCGAUUCGUAAGGGUAUUAGCGGGGGCCAGAAAAGAAGGGUUAGCGUGGCGAGCCAGCUCAUCACUUGUCCAAAAAUAUUGUUCCUUGAUGAACCGACCAGUGGGCUGGAUUCAACAGCUAGCUAUGAGGUUAUCUCUUACGUGAAGGAGUUAGCGAAAGCAAACAAUAUCAUAAUCAUUGCAAGUAUCCAUCAGCCUUCGACGACAACGUUCCAAUUAUUCGAUAAGCUCCUUCUGCUUUCAUCGGGGCGGACGUGUUAUUUCGGUCCCGUUUCAAAUUUAGAUGGCUAUUUUGGUAAGAUUGGGCAUCCUAUCCCUGGAAAUACCAAUCCGGCAGAGUUUCUGCUUGACAUUGUCAGCUCGGACUUUAGCAAGUCAAAUGAGGAUGCGGAGGCAAGGGUUGAGGGUAUUCAGCAGUCUUGGGGGGAGUCUGUGGAGGCGGUGUCGGUGAAUAAGCAGGUCUCUGAUCGGUUGUCGAUGGCGGCGGGGGAGAAGCAUAAUGCGACUGCAGAUGAUAUGGCCCGUCCAGGAUCCAUUAGGAUAACUGCAGCUUUGCUUCAUCGGUCUUUUAUCAAAAGCUACCGGGAUGUAGUUGCUUAUGGCAUUCGUAUUGUCAUGUAUCUUGGCCUUGCGAUCAUGAUGGGAACUGUAUGGUUGCGUCUCCAUCCAUCACAAGAGUAUAUCCAGCCAUAUGUGAAUGCAAUUUUCUUCGGAUCAGCGUUCAUGUCCUUCAUGGCUGUGGCCUAUGUCCCAGCAUUCCUGGAAGACAGAGCAACCUUCGCAAAAGAACGAGCAAACGGCCUCUACAGCGCCACCCCAUUCAUGAUUGCAAACUUUAUCAUUGGCCUCCCAUUCCUCUUGGUCUCAUACUGGCUCUCCAACUUCCAACCAACAGCUGAAGCAUUCUUCACCUGGGUCAUGUGGAUAUUUCUCGACCUCGUGGCAGCCGAAUCCCUCGUCGUAUUCGUAUCAGCCAUAUUCCCGAACUUUGUCAUCGCUCUUGCGCUCGUCGCAUUCGCCAAUGGUCUCUGGAUGUCUGUAGGCGGGUUUCUAGUGACCCCGACGAUCUUGAAUGUAUUUUGGAAAUAUGUGUUUCACUACAUCGACUAUCAGGCUUAUGUCUUUCAAGGAAUGAUGGUCAAUGAGUUUGCAAAUCGGAUCUACUCGUGUGGCAGUGCUUGCCAAUGUAGUUAUCAGACUGACUUGGCGUCUCAGUGCCAGAUCAGAGGUACGGGUGUGUUGGAAGAGUAUGGAUAUGCUACGGGCAGGACUGGGAAGUGGGUUGGGAUCUUGGUCGGAAUUAUUGCGGUGUAUAGGCUGUUCGGCUGGAUUGCGCUGACCUUGCGGAAGACUUAA